UCUAUUCAAAUAAAUACCACAAAAUAUAUAUCUUAGAGCAAAUUAAUACUAUCUUCCAUGGCAAUAAUUAGAGCCUUCUCCCCUUCAGAAUAUCCCUCUAUGCACAUUAAAACUAGUACUGGCCAGAUUGGAAGAAGAAGUAUUCAAGUUUCAUGCAGAAGCUCAAACAAGUGGACUGUUCAAGAAAAUCCUCUCAAAGAAACCUCACGUAGCCAAACGAGCUACAAUCACGAUGGAUUUAAUAGUACCAAAUUUGCACAGCUUGUGAAUGAUGUAAAGUAUGCACUAAGGACAGAAAGAAAUGGUAAUCGUUUGGAUAAUCUUGCCUUAGUUGACGCCCUUCAACGUAUGGGAAUUGAGCACCACUUUCAAGAAGAGAUUGACUCAAUUUUACAAAAGGAGUAUGAGGAUAGUACUUGUUUUGUCAAGUACCAAAAUCCGUAUGAUGUUUCACUUUCUUUCAGACUUUUGAGACAAGAAGGAUACCACGUGCCAGCAGAUGUAUUUACAAAAUUCAAGAACAAUGAUGAUGGAACAUUUGGAGUAAACUUGAGUCAAAAUGUCGGUGGAUUAAUUGGUCUAUAUGAAGCAGCACAACUUGGUGUAGAAGGUGAACACAUACUUGAUGAACUUGCAAAUUUCAGUGGUGAGCACCUCAAUGCACGUCUUACAAAUAAUGACUCAUGUGUUCAAGCUAGACUUAUUAAAGAAACAUUGAAGUAUCCAUACCACAAGAGUUUAGCAAGUUGCAAGGCCAAAAGCUUCAUCGGUAACUUUAAAGGAAUUAAUGGAUGGGGAAGAAGUACCUUACAGGAAUUGGCAAAUAUUGAGUACUCCAUAACAAAAGAGAUACAUCAACAUGAACUUGCUCAAGUUUCGAGGUGGUGGAGAAGUCUUGGUUUAGCUGAAGAAUUGAAGCUUUUGAGAGACCAACCAUUAAAAUGGUAUACUUGGCCAAUGGCAGUCCUAACAGAUCCAAGAAUGUCACAACGAAGAAUUGAGCUAGCAAAAUGCAUCACUUUUGUUUAUGUCAUAGAUGACAUCUUUGAUCUUUAUGGCUCUGUUGAAGAGUUAACUCUCUUCUCUCAAGCUGUCAAUAG